AAUCAACAUUUUCGAAAUUUAAUAAAAUGGCAGGAAUUGAUUACUUUGUAACAUCUUUAAUCAAUAAAAUCGAUAGAAGAAAUCUUUUUUUCCACUUAAAUGAUCCAGAAUCAUAUAUUUCUCUUGUCGGCGGGUCUCGACCAAAAAAGCCACCCAAUUCAUUUUCAAUAUUCAGGAAAAACGUAUGUAAUGAAGCAAGACGACAUGAAGUUUAUAAUAUGCGUGUAGUCACCAAAACCGCUAUCAUCUUAUGGAAUCAAGCACAACGCAAUGAAAAAGAUAUUUAUAGAAGACUAUCUAGUCUCAUUCAUGAAACUUAUUUUACAGAAGAAGUUUAAUACUGUAAAUUUUUAUUAUUUCUUUUUUUUAAAAAAAA